AAAAUGUAAUUCUGAAACAUGUCUAAUGCUAAUAUUUAGAUGAGACAUAAUUAAACGAGGGAGGAACGCGAAGCCUCGUGCACCCACACUCACUUUUUCUACUCCCCCUCUCUCUAUAUCUCCCUCUCUCAUUCUCUCUCUCCCCCUCUCUCUCGCCGCCUCCUUAUUCCACAGUGGCAGCUCUGGCAUAGCAUCGUUGAGAAUAUCUUGAGCCGGUAAGGAUCUGCGGGAACUGCCAGUGCGCACCUCCUCACACUCAGAUUGCUGCGGGCCGUCAUAGUCGGUAGGCGUGUGGCGACAGAACCCGGCGGCACACCGUGAGCUAAAAACAAACAGUGGAUAUAAAAGACUGGAGAUCUGAACUCUUCCUGGGCACAGCUGGAGAAGGUUGAAUUGUUUUGGGGAAAAUAACUAAAGCUGCUGUCCUGUCCACAUCUCGCCCCCCCAGGAGUGUGUAGAGACGGGACGUCUGCGCGGUGAAGAGUCGCUCCUGUGCCGUGCAGCGGAGAGCAGCCACAGACUCAGCAGAAAGCACUAAAAGAUCAGAAGGGAUUUCGAAAGAAAGGUGGAGGAUAUUUUAUGCACAGCAGCAAUCAGUAGCCUUGUGUGACACGCGGCUUCCUACUGCGAGUCCCCUGCUCCGUUUAGGACUCAACACAGUCGCUUUGGAUUUGCACUUGACUAAGUCCACACACAGCAGUCGGCUGGGAUGGAUUCCUUCAUCAUAGCGGCACUGGCGGUGUGCUCUCUAACGGCACCAGUCUUUGGGGACAAAGGGACCAGCAAAGCCCGGAGUUGUUCGGAUAUCAGGCAGUUUUAUAGCGGGAAAGGAUUCACUCUGGAUGGGGUCCCUCAGUCUGAAAUAUCAGGGGAGCACCUGCGCAUCUGUCCCCAGGGUUACACCUGCUGCACCAGUGACAUGGAGGACACGUUGGCCACGCUGAGCCGCAGGGAGAUGGAGGGACUACUUAAAGAGGCUGGCCGGUCCUUACAGACCUCCCUCAAUGGACAGUACAAGGCCUUUGAUGGGUACUUCCUGGAGUUGCUGAACCGCUCUGCAAUUAAUCUACAGGAGACUUUCCAUCAAACCUUUGGCUUAUUAUACUACCAGAAUGCCCAAAUCUUCUCUGAACUGUACAAGGAUUUGAGAAACUACUACCGAGGCUCCAAGGUCAACCUUGAAGAGGUGCUCAAUGAAUUCUGGGCCCGGCUGCUGGAGAAGCUCUUCUACCAGGCAAACAAGCAAUAUUUCAUAAGUGAGGACUACCUGGAGUGUGUGUCCAAGCAGAUAGAGACAUUACGGCCGUUCGGAGAAACACCCCGCGUGAUGAAGAUGAUGGUCACACGCACAUUUGUCGCAGCACGCUCAUUUGUUCAGGGGCUGGUGGUCAGCGGUGAGGUUGUGCGCAAAGUGUCCCAGGUGCAGCUGAGCCAGGAGUGCAUGCGGGCCAUGAUGAGGAUGACGUACUGUCCCCACUGCCGCGGCAUGGCCUCUGCCAGACCUUGUGCCAACUACUGCAGCAAUGUCAUGAAGGGCUGUCUGGCCAACCAAGCGGACCUCAACACCGAGUGGAGGCAUCUGGCAGAAACAAUGAUGCAGGUGGCUGGUCGCUUUGAUGGUCCAUCUGGUGUGGAUAGCGUGAUCCUCUCCAUCCCCAAUCGCAUAUCGGAAGCCAUGUUUACCAUGAUGGAUAAUACAGAGUCCAUCAACCACAAGUUGUUCCAGGCCUGUGGCGUCCUCAGAGAAGGAGGAACCAGCAGCACAGGAGUUGACGACAGCAUGAAGAAAGGGAAGGUUAUGGUGGAGGACAGGUUGGGAACCAGCACUAACAAAAUGGAAAAACUGGUGUCUGAUGUAACCAUGAGACUGAGGGAAAUGCAGCCGUACUGGGUUUCUCUCCCAAGUGUUCUCUGCAGUGACAGAGUGGCCACUGGAACAGGGGCCGAAGAUAAAUGUUGGAAUGGCAUGAACCGUGCCAGGUACCUUCCAGAGGUGAUGGGUGAUGGCUUGGCUAGCCAGAUCAACAACCCUGAAGUGGAAAUCGACAUCACGAAACCAGACAUGACAAUACGGCAGCAGAUAAUGCAGCUGAAGAUCAUGACACACCGCCUGAGAAAUGCGCUGAACGGCCAGGAUGUGGACUUUCAGGACACCAGUGAUGAUGUCAGCGGUUCAGGAAGUGGCAUGUGUGCUGAUGACACGUGUGCCCGUAGCCCGCGCCCUGUUCUCCCUUCAACCGUGCCAUCCGUGGUCUACCAAUACCUUCCAGAAAACAAGAAGGUGAAAGGAUCCGCCACCCAGAACCUCCCCGGCAUCACCAUUUACCUGCUUUCACUGCUCAUGCUGCUGCUCCGGCGAUAAUUGACGAGGGAAUCUACAAGCUGGGACUGAGUUUGGGACAUGGAGGUUGGGGAGAGUCUGAAAGGGGAGGUAGAAGAUGUUGGGGGUUAGUUACUUUGCCAAAACUAAAAAGGUAUAUUAAAACACAAAAAAUCAUUUGGACGAACUUCCUUUUGGUUUUAAAUUAGAAGAAAAUGGUUUACGAGUAUUCAUGAAUGGUUUUGGUUCUGCUCUCUUCUUUAAUUUCUUGCUAUGUUAUGACACCAUUAGAGCUGGUCUUUUCGCAUCUUCUUAUGUUAUGUUUCUGGUGUUUGGGUUUCUCUGAGAUUAUAUCUGUAGACAUGUGUGUAAGACUAUAUUGCUAACAGUAUGUUGGUGUUGACACCACAGGGAGAGGGAGAGUGGGGCUUUACAGUGGCGCUCAGAUACAUAUAUUUGUUAUUCCACUCCUUCAAAACAGCACUUGUGUUAAGUAGAAUUAUUUAUUUAUUAAUAACUCACAAAUGACCCCAAUCUAAUUGAACACAAACAUAAUUUAAAGAUAUUGAUGGUUUUUAGAGAGGGAUAAUCUGGACAGCAUGACCCAGUAGACCUCGUAAUACAUUAAGCCUCACAUCAUUAUUACACUUGCACACACACACUGGCACAACGAGGACGUGAGCACUCCUCGUCAGCACUUUUUGCCAUUUUAUCAUGUAGGCUGUAAUAAUAGCUGUGAUCACAUUCACAACGACAUGAUCGUCUAAUGUGGGAGUAACGUGACCCAUCCACCACUCCUUCUAUCCACUCAUCCCUACAUUCCCACUGCUGGGGCAGAUCUCCCUCUCUCUCCAGACCCUGCUGGCUGUGUAGAAUCAACUGGAGAGUCUCGUGUAAGCAAAACACAAUCUGUGCUGGGCCAGGUCUCAGAUGACAGCAGCUUCCCACUAUAGAGCACUGUACUGUAUGUGGAAUGGGGGAGUCGGUGUAAGAUUGCCGUUGCAGCAAUGGAUUAACGGUUCAUGGUUUGGGGAACGUGAAGCAGAGCAGAAAUGUACACAGAAGCAGAAACACUGCAGUCAUGUAGACUUUUUUUUAUACUAUCCUUUUGUUGUGCACUGCAGAGCAAAAAUAAAAUAAGCAUAAUUUUGUGUGCGUCCUGCCAAGGCCCAGUGCUCCUUUGAUUAGUAUCAUAAUUGCAACUAGCUGUCCUGCUUUUUUUGUCUAAUUGCAGCAAGAAUCCAUAUCCACAGUAGAAGCCGCUCCAUGCACGUCUUUAAAUACUACAACUAUUUGUAUGGCAGACACAACAGUGUACAUAAUUUUGAUUUGUUUUUUUCUAGAAAAAAAAUAGCCAAUUAGGUAUCAAGAUUUUAUAACAGCCAGAUCAUUGUAUGCUAUCAUUCUUAUUUCAUUCAUCAUCUGUCAAAGCUUAUACAUAUCUGCCUUCCAUUUCUCUGCAAUGUUUUUUCUAUAUCAGUGCCUCUUUAUUCGCACCCCCUAUUCCCUCUACCCUCCUCCCUGCUCAUCGGUUAUAAUGACCUUUAAAGCGUUCCUCAUGCUUCUAUAUGAUGGCGAGGCAAUAUGACAAUGACACAGUGCUUCAUUAUGUGUCAACCUUAAUAGGAAUGUUGUGGGAACACACAGUGAGCAGCUUUUCGUGAUGAGAAGCUUGCUGGGGAGGAAAAACAUACCACAUUUUAAUUCAAAGAAAUGUCAGAGCUCUCAUUUACGAACGCUGUGUGCAGGAUGAUGGGAUGAUGGUUGCAUGUGUGUAUGUGUGUGAAUGUGUGCAUUUCUCUUUCAUUGAUAAAGCAAAAGAAGGACAGACGAUAGAGCCGUUAUAAAUCUUGUUCGGAUGGUACAGAAAUAAAAUGUAUUGACAUUUAUUGGAUUUACAUCACUGAAUAGUGCAUUUAAACUGACAGAAACAGUAUAUUGGAAAAGCUAAUUUCUCAAAAACGGGGUGUUCAAACAAUCUGCAUUAAUGAUAUCUUGGCUUGUCAGUAUCAUGUGUGACAGAUACAUUUAUCUUGAAGGAAAAACUGACACAUAUUUUAGAUUACAUCAUGGCUUCAUUUGUACACUGGAACAAUCCACCAUGAUAUGUCAACACUGAAUAAGAAUGAUAACAAAUUGGUUAAUACUGCAGAUUUAAUUAAGUACUUGGGAGAUCAGUAAAGAUUUUACAAGCACAUCUGUUAGAUACUUGGUUUAUUACUGCUCUGGAAUUGGGGAGGCUGUAAUCUGAGAUGUCACUUUGAUCAUAUUUACUUUUUAGAUAUGCUUAGUUAAUGAAUUCUAUGUUUGCUGUGUGUAUGCGUGUGUGUCCUUCCUGUUUGUCCCUGGUUAAAGAAAUCUGCCUGUGACUGCCAUUGACACUUUGUCUAGUGUUGGGGUCCAUAUUUUGACUCAAAAAUAGCGGUACAAUAGUAUUAGAUGAUCCAGUGGGGGAAAAAAUACACAUUUUGAACAAAGAACGAUUAGUAAUAUCAUCACAUGAUACUACUUGUUGUGACCCUUGAGAAAAAUCUGAAUAUGUAUGUGAAAGUCCACAUGAAACCCUGUAAAGAAUGAGAAAUGACUCCAACUGUGAUGGUGACAUUCCAAUUCAAAGACGACUUGCGACUCACAACUUCAGUUUCAAUGACUGCAUCACAAUGUCAUCGGCUGAAAUUUGCACAACCCCUCCCUCUCUCCUCUACCACCUUUUGAUCUCAUUAAUUUGUUGCUCAAAGCCCCCCUCCCUUUUAUAAAACCUGCACUUUUAUGAGGCCAAUAAAUGGCAUUGUCUGCACAAAGACAUCACAAGAUGGUCGAUCAAUACGCAAGUCAACACCUUCCAGAAACGACUAUUGAUUGAGGAUGUGUGUAUGCAGAUAGACAUGGCCCAGCAAGAAGUCUCCUGUUCAACUAUAAUGAACCAGUGUAAAACCAAAGCCCCUGUGUGUUGGAGGAGGCAGGUCCUUGGUGCUGAUCUCAAAUCAGGUUGCGCACCUUAAUCCUGCCCUCAUUCAUUAGGUGGGAAAAAUGCAAAGCUGGUUAUGCCACCAUUUAAAGACAGCUUUAUUUUACACUGAGUUGAAUACGAGAGGGAUUUCUUAAAGGUGCCAAUUUAUGAUGAAAAAAAGUACUUUUAAUUCUUGUUUAUAUGUACUUUGGUUUGUUGUUAUCAGAAAUCUAUGGAGAAUGUGUGCUUAUGGUUAAGAUGGAUGCCAGAAAGAGGUUAAAAAAUACAAAUGUCUCAUUUGCUGUUGUAUCUUAAAUCUUGUGUCUAUUAUAUACAUUGUAAGAUUUUCAACAUGCCGGUGUCCUGUGUCUUUAAUGGUAGGUUUGUUCUGUGGUGGAUAAGAAAGGGGGAAAAAUAUCUAUUGCUUUACACUUGUAUUCACAAACCACUUGACUCACACAACAUUUAAAUCUACUGUAUUUACCUUUCUUAA